CUGGAGAGUUUGGCUUCUGUAUUCUGAGUUUCUCCAGAAAGUUGCAACCAUUUCUGGUGUUGUAAAAGAAACUGCCACUCUUCCAGAUAUAGAAGAGCAGGAUGAGCUAAUGUUCAUCAGGGUCUAAAGUUCUUCUCUUCCACACUUUUUUUUUUUUUUUUUCCCUAUGCAUCAGCAGAGCGUCUGACAUCAGAUUUCAGUAGUAAAGAAUCUUCUUCUAUGAUUGAGAUAGUAGCCUACAUCCUUCUGGCUCAUGUUUCCAAAACAGAUUUUGCCAUCAAUGAAAGUGCAGCCAGCAAGCUUGUGCACUGGCUCAGUAAACAAAGAAAUGCUCUUGGGGGAUUUGCUUCCACACAGGAUACAGUCGUUAGCCUGCAGGCCCUGGCUCAGUAUGCAGCCCUGAUUCCUCGUGAGGUCAGAGAUGUAAAGGUAACAGUGAAAGGUAAAGAGGCUUCUCCACUAGAGUUCCAUGUGCACCAAAAUAAUAAACUAGUCUUGCAUCAAGCAUCUCUCCUUGAAGUCCCGGGGAUGUACACAGUACAGGCAACUGGCAGUGGCUGUGUCUACAUACAGAGCACUCUCUACUAUAACAUCCCGCCACCAAAAACUGAAGUUGUCUUCCUCCUGGAUGUGGGAACAGUAACACGAGAAUGUGAUGGUGUCAGGAAACAGUUUGACAUCCACUUAUCUGUUAGUUACACUGGGGACCGUGUAACCAGUAAUAUGGCCCUAGUGGAGGUGGAUAUGCUGUCAGGGUUCAUUCCUACGAAAAAGUCUGUGAAAGAGUUGGAGAAUGUACUCUUGGUGAAAAAGGCAGAGAUAAAACCAGACAAAGUCAUAAUCUACUUGGAAGAGCUGGACAAGACUUCUCUGAAUCUUAAGAUAUCAGUGGAACAAGAUAUUGAAAUAGAGAACCUGAAACCAGCCACAGUGCAUGUCUAUGACUACUAUAAACCAGAUGACCGUAUAGCAAGAGAAUACAAUUCCCCUUGCAGUUCAGAUGUUUAGAUCAAAGAUUCUGAAAAGAACACCAUGGUUCUGGAACCAGUAAUCUGAGUUUCCUGCUUUCAUAAGGAAAACACCAUUACUCUGGCUCUCCUGCUGUACACACUUUUUCUCUGUUGGAUGCACCCUCUUUCAUUUGAUGCCCUUAUUUUCUGUGUGAAACCUGAAUUGAUAUGCAGUAGUUUGAGUUCAAGUGAAAUAAACUAUGUGAAACCUGAAAAGAA